UAUGCAAAUCAUGUAAGCAAUGGUUUGGGGUCACUCACUUCUUUUCUUCUCAAUUUUGACCCCGAGUCGUACAUGUUACCUCAAGAGGCUGGACAGCGGGCAGUUUACAAACACGCCAAUUGCUCUGCUGAUGAAUGGUCGACACCAGAUGGCCGAUGCCUACCUAUGCAAUGCUCACCUGGAAAACUGCUCAUUAAUUCAAGCUGUACUUCAGCAUUAGAGAUCAGUGAACUGGAGUACAGGCUACGCCUAUGGCUUACUUUCGUAAAGACUCCAUCGACACCGGUGAUAGCACAGUAUUAUCCGUGUCAUUACUUGGUCCAAUCAGCCAAUCAAAAGUUUCGGCUAUGGUUUGACAAGUUCCUGGCUACCUACACAAUCACCACCGAAGUCUUUGAUGUUGCUUACGGUUACCAAGAUACUCGGAAGACCGAUUCCUUCCCUUGCUUAAUUCGGGUGGAUGCUAGACUAAAAGGAACAGCUAAUGUCUCCAGAGAUGAAUUUGAAUCUCUAGUUUUAGACAGUUGGAUGAAUGGGCAGGUAACAUUAGAGGAAGGGAGACAAUUAAAUCUGACUUUUCAGCCAUCAGAUGCGACGUCGAGAAAAGAUGCGUUUGUGUCUUGUUACGAGAUGAGAAAAACUCGUUCUGACGUCAAUUGUGAAGGUUACACUGAAUGUACUGAUGGCUACUUCAGCGUGAUCAACGAGGGACAGCUUAUUAACAUAAACAAUAUGCUUACAUGUGGUCACGUGACAUUCAACACGUCUGAAUACGAACUAAAUGUAUUGGACGACGCUUCGCCUCCUGACUUCACAGUGACACUAGAUCUUAACGUCACAAAAGUGACACUUUCAGAGGCUCAAGAUCUAAACUACCUUCUCAUUGAGGAGAGCGGAGAACUGAAAGUGUGCUGGGAGAUUUUGGAGAAAAAAUUAAAGGAAAUUCAAGACGCUGACAAAUCUGUAAAGGAGAAAUCUGAUGUCGCAAUCUACGCAGUGAGCCUAGCUUGUUCUGUGGUGUCCCUUGUCUGUCUUGUAUUUACCAUUAUGACAUACCUCAUACACCCCAUUUUGAGAACCUUUGCAGGCAAGAACAACAUGAUGCUGUCACUGAGUCUUCUGUUGGCGCAGACAUCACUUCUAGCAGCUGUCCACAUUGAAUACACGGGCAACGUUUGCACUUUUCUGGGCAUGUCAACUCACUUCCUGUGGCUGUGGAUGUUCUCGUGGACUUUCAUCUGUAGCCUCGACAUGUUUCUGGUGUUUACUGCCAAGACUCGAAGUUCUUGCUGUCAAGAUGAUUACAAGUCCUUCAUCAAGCGAUGCCUCUUCUCUGUGUCUUUUCCAGCAAGUGUGGUUUCUGUCGUAGUAGCGGUCACUUACAACCAGACCAGUGGUCAAGAUAUUGGAUACGGAUCAAUGAGAUGCUUUUUAGAUUCCCUUUUGUUAACUGGUGUCGCAUUAGGCGGUCCUCUCUUCACCAUUGUCCUAUGUAAUACUGCAUUCUUCGUCACUUCCGUUGUCAAGAUACACAAAGUUCGACAACUCAAGACAUCUGACUUGAAGAAGGAGGAACAGAGUAAUCUCAUUGUCUACGUCAAGUUGUCGGCCAUGACAGGCAUCUUUUGGCUUCUGACUACAGUCGCACACGUUUCACAAAACAGCUACUUUCAGUUCAUCGUGGAGCCCAUCAACGGACUUCAAGGAGUUUAUAUCUUCAUGUCUUACAUCUGCAACAGACGUGUGCUCAGCUUGUACUUUCGUAAGGAAGAGGUCAAGGCCACCAAGACCAAUUCGAUGUCUCUUACGUCAAGGGACAUUGAGAAACAGAAAUAAUUUGUGUGUGUGUGUUUCUAAUAGACGUCAUUACAAAACAAAAUCUGAUUGGUUGGUCAACAAAUAGAGAUUAUAGAAAAUAGUGCUGGCAAUGAUUUUAAUUUAUAUAAUUUAGUAAAA